AUGACUAUAAGUGAUUUUAAUAAUUUUUCAACAAGUUUUCGAGAUGAAAAGAGAACAACGUUUACUUCAACUCCGUUUUCAUUUCAUAUUGGCCCAACAAGUUUGUCUAAUAUUAAUAAUUUUCAGGAAAACUAUAAUCAAUCUUCAAAUCAAUUUAGACUUGAUAAGUCUGAGAAACUAUCAACCACAGAUAAUUCAAUACCACCAUUAGCAUCUACAACAAAUAGUCCCGUAUUAUUAUCACCUACAACAAGAAAAAAUAAUUUAUUAUCAUUGUCAACAACAUCAGCUAAAAAAGAUUCAGUAUUUGUAUCAUCAAUAACAAAUUCCUUAGGUCAAACAAUAAUAGAUAUAUCUAAAUGUCAUUUAAAUUAUUGUAGUUCUUCUAAAGCAUAUCAUCCACUUAAAGAGGAUGAAUUAGUUUCGACAACAAUUAAUAAACGAUCCUCUAUUCAUAUCCACUGUGUUGCUGAUUGUUUAGAUUUAGCCGUACAUGAUUUAAUAGAUCAAUAUGCUUCUAUUGCUAACUGCAUACCUUGUGUAAAAGACAUUAUUGAUUUUAUACGUCGAUCACCGAAACGUCUUGUUAUUUUGAAAGAAAUAUUUAAUCAAAUAUCGUUGUCUUAUACAAAUCUUACAACAUUAUGUCCAACUACAUGGACUAUGCGCGCUGAAUCAUAUGGUUCGUUAUUAAAAACCUAUGAACAGGUUCAAGAAGCCUUCUACACAAUAAGUAAAGAAAAAGGUGGUCCUGAUGUUUUUUGUGCUGCUGAAGCAAUUAUUCAUCGUUUUCGACGUAUUCAAGUAGUUCAAGAUAGUGAAGGUUUAACAGAAAAAUCUAUUCUAUCUCGACUUCGAAGACCACCACGACGAUAUGAAUCAAAUACAAUUCCUGCAUUUAAUGGUUCCAAUGACUACAUUAAAACAAUUAUGGAUUUUUGUCAUGAUGAUAUUUAUAUUGAAAGAUUAAAAUCUGAAGCAUUUAUGAUUUCAGACCUUUUUAGAAUUGUUAUUAACACAAAUCAAAUGAAAAUGAAACUAAUUACCAAAAUGUCUACAGUUUGUGGAAUUGGAAAACAAAUGUUUCAAGAAUUUGAUAAAUUAAUUCGACUUUAUUUAACUAUUCCAAUAACUACAGCAACUUCUGAAAGAGCAUUUAGUGCAUUAAAUCGAGUGAAAAAUACACUUCGAAGUUCUAUGACUCAAUCACGUCUUAAUCAUUGUUUAUUGGCACAUAUUUAUAAAGAAAAACUUGAUAAAAUAGAUCCAAAUCAAAUCAUGUCAACAUUUAUAUCAUCAAAUGAACAGAGACAGCCAUUGUUAGGACUGAUGUUUUAA